GAAUGAUUGAGGACGGUGGGAAAAGGGCGAAUAACAUGGCCGACAAAAGGCAGUUGUUUGCAGAAAUGCGGGCUCAAGAUUUGGAUCGCAUUCGUCUGUCUACAUACCGAACGGCAUGUAAGAUUCGAUUUGUACAGAAGAAAUGUAACUUGCACCUAGUAGAUAUAUGGAAUGUUAUAGAAGCCCUUCGGGAAAACUCAUUAAACAACCUUGACCCCAACGUUGAGCUGAAUGUGGCACGAUUGGAGGCUGUGUUAUCAACGGUAUUUUACCAGCUCAAUAAGAGAAUGCCAACCACUCACCAGAUCAACGUGGAACAGUCCAUCAGCCUGUUGUUAAAUUUUCUGUUGGCUGCUUAUGAUCCAGAAGGACAUGGUAAAAUAACAGUCUUUGCUGUCAAAAUGGUUUUGGCCACACUGUGUGGAGGGAAAAUAAUGGACAAGCUUAGAUAUAUUUUCUCCUUGAUCUCGGACUCAAGUGGGGUAAUGGUUUAUGGAAAAUAUGACCUGUUUCUUAGGGAGGUGCUCAAACUGCCAACUGCUGUGUUUGAAGGUCCUUCAUUUGGUUAUACAGAGCAAUCUGCGAAAUCUUGUUUCUCACAGCAGAAAAAAGUUACCUUGAAUUCUUUCUUGGAUACACUUAUGUCUGACCCACCACCUCAGUGUCUUGUCUGGUUACCUCUCCUGCAUCGACUGGCGAAUGUAGAAAAUGUCUUCCACCCAGUUGAGUGUUCCUAUUGCCACAGUGAGAGCAUGAUGGGUUUCCGUUAUCGCUGCCAGCAGUGUCACAAUUACCAGCUCUGUCAGGAUUGCUUUUGGAGGGGACAUGCCAGUGGUUCCCAUAGCAACCAGCACCAAAUGAAAGAGUACACAUCAUGGAAAUCUCCAGCAAAGAAGCUUACUAAUGCACUUAGCAAGUCUUUAAGCUGUGCUUCCAGUCGCGAGCCUCUGCACCCAAUGUUUCCCGAUCAGCCGGAGAAGCCUCUAAACCUGGCUCACAUUGUGCCUCCCAGACCAGUUACCAGCAUGAAUGACACACUCUUCUCCCACUCUGUUCCCUCAGGAAGUCACUUUUCAAACAAAAUGUUACUUGACACUGUAAGCCUAACUAGUCCUGUGACAGAUGAGCAUUCUCUGAUAAAGCUGUAUGUAAGCCAACUGCAGAGCAUUCCACGGUCUUCCCAAAAGACCCCAGAAAUAGUACAGAGUCGGCAGCUGGCUAAGGCAGCUCCAGUGCUGCUGAAAGGAAAGGGGUUACAGUACAGCCUGGAUGUGGCAGACAGGCUGGCUGAUGAACAUGUUCUCAUCGGAGUAUAUGCCAACAUGCUCCAGAACAACCUUUCACGAAUGCUGGACAGUCCCAGUCGCCUAGAUGAAGAACACAGGUUGAUCGCCAGAUAUGCAGCAAGGCUGGCAGCUGAGACCUCUUCAUCACAGCCUCAACAGAGGGGCCCAGAUAUCUCUUUCACUAUUGAUGCAAAUAAACAGCAGCAGAGACAGCUUAUCGCAGAGCUAGAGAAUAAGAACAGAGAAAUAUUGCAGGAAAUACAGAGGUUGCGAAUUGAACAUGAACAGGCCUCUCAGCCCACACCAGAAAAAGCCCAACAGAAUCCCACUUUGUUAGCAGAACUCCGAUUGCUCAGACAGCGCAAAGAUGAACUCGAGCAGAGGAUGUCUGCCUUGCAGGAGAGCAGAAGGGAGCUGAUGGUACAGCUUGAAGGCCUCAUGAAUGAAACUGCUGAAGGAACAAGAAAUUGGACAGGCAACUCAGGGGGCAGGUUCCCCUCGCUCUUCUCCCAGUCACACCAUCAGCCGGCCUAUACCAAUGCCUAUUAGAUCCGCAUCCGCUUGUUCCACCCCUACUCACACUCCUCAGGACUCCCUGACUGGUGUUGGAGGUGACGUGCAGGAAGCAUUUGCACAGGGUGCAAGAAGAAAUCUGCGGAAUGACUUGUUAGUGGCAGCUGACUCUAUCACUAAUACCAUGUCUUCUCUAGUGAAGGAGCUCAAAUCAGAUGUGGGGAAUGAGGGAGAAGGCAGCGUGGAGACAGACUAUGGAAGGGUUCACUUUGAUGAUUUGGUUCCAUCCCCAACUUCAGAGAAAGCCUUCCUUGCCCAGAUCCAUGCCAGAAAACCAGCAUAUAACCAUAAUAAUUCUGCUACUGGCAACAUUCGUGCUGACAUGGGGACUGAAGACCCAUAUAAAGGCAGGAGGAUGAUGAAACCUAUGAGAAUGACUCUGUACGCCAACUAGAAAAUGAGCUGAAAAUGGAAGAGUAUCUGAAACAGAAGUUACAGGAUGAAGCUUACCAGGUCAGUUUGCAAGGCUGAAUGCAUUGUUCUUUUACCUUCCCCUCUUAAGUAA